AUGGUGCAAAUGUCACAAAAAGAACAAGACAUCCAGAUGAUGUUGGCGGCUGGAUGCCACUUGGGGACCAAGAACGUCAACUUUCAAAUGGAAAGAUACGUGUACAAGCGCAGAAACGACGGCAUUCACGUGAUCAACCUCGGGAAAACGUGGGACAAGCUCAUGAUGGCUGCACGCAUCAUCGUCGCCACGGAAAACCCAGCGGACGUCAUCUGUCAAUCUGCAAGACCGUACGGUCAAAGAGCGGUUUUGAAGUUUGCGCAAUACACGGGCGCGAAAGCCAUCGCGGGGAGACACAUGCCGGGGACGUAUACGAACCAGAUUGACUCUGAAUUUAGAGAGCCGAGAGUGGUGAUCAUGACGGACCCGAGAACGGAUUCGCAGCCGAUUUCUGAGACCGCGUACGUGAACUUACCGGUCAUUGCGUUUUGCGACACGGACUCUCCGUUGCAAUACGUGGACGUCGCGAUUCCGGCGAACAACAAGGCGAAGCAUUCCAUCGGUUGCUUGUAUUACUUGUUGGCGAGAAUGGUUUUGCAAAUGCGCGGUUCCGUGAGCUUACAAAACCCGUGGGACGUCAUGGUGGAUUUGUUCUUCUACAGAGACCCGGAGGAGUUGGAAGCGAAGGAAGAGGAGCAAGAAGCGGCGAAAGCGGCAGCCGCGGCGACUGGUACGGAAGGGGCUGGGUACGACGCCAGCGCCGGUUACGCGCAAGACUCGUGGGACGAGCAACAAGGCGGCCAAGGCGGGCAAUACGCGCCGGUGAGUGGCAACUGGGACCAAGCGCCGGCCCCGACUGGAUGGGAUCAGCAACAAGGCGGCGACUUUGGCGCUGGGUAUGCCCCGAGUGGCUAUUAA